UUUUUGCAAAGAAAAUAAAAAAGAUUUAUCAUCUGUAAAAAAUUGAAAAGUGUAAAAUAAUAGACAGUGGGCGAAAAAUUCGCUUUUAAUUAAAAAACAGGUUAAUGGUGCGACUAAUCGAAAAGUCAAGAAUGUUAUAAAGUUUCGGCAAAACAAUCAAAUAUUAUAAAUUUGGCAUUGGCUGAGGGAAAGUUGGUUGGCAAAAGGAAGGGCAACAGUAGAAGCAAAGUGCCAGUCGUCGUAUGAUACCAAAAAACAGAAACCACAUAAAAAGUAAGCGACGUAACUUGUCGUAGAGGAAAAUACACCAACCAUAAUUGCAUUUCUUACAACAAAGAAAGUUGGUACUUACAUAGAAACUUCGUUUCCGCUGCUGAAAAACUAAUCAACAACCACAGUGUCUACCUACGAGAGUAUGGAUUUGCAGCAUAUGGAGAAUGGCAUCAGUGGCAGUGGCCAUGGUGCUGGAAAUGUUGGUGGUACCGGUGGUUUCAGUGAAACUGACUUCCAACGUCUGGCCCAAACGAUUGCGACAAGCAUACAGAAAAUUUUACAAAAUGUGUCGACUAUGCAACGUAUGGUCAAUCAAUUCAAUACACCACAGGAUUCGCCCGAUUUGAAGAAACAGCUACAUCAAAUUAUGACCUAUACUCAUCAGCUGGUUUCGGAUACAAAUAAUCAUUUAAAAGAGGUGGAUAAAUGCAAAGAGCGUCAUUUGAAAAUUCAACGGGAUCGUUUGGUUGAUGAAUUCACUGCUGCUUUGACUGCAUUUCAGGCCCUUCAACGUAAGACCGUCGAUAUCGAAAAGAAUGCGGUUCGACAAGCGCGAUCACAUAGCUACAAUAUUAGUAAACCACCGGGCACGAACAGUAGCAAUGGCAGCGGCGGUACCAGUGGCAGCAACAAUAGUGGUUCCUUCUUCGAGGACAACUUCUUUAACCGUAAAUCAAAUCAAUCGCAACAACAAACACAAAUGCAGGAAGAAAUCGAUUUGCAAGCGCUGGAAGAACAAGAACGACAAAUUCGCGAAUUGGAGGAAAAUAUUGUAGGUGUGAAUGAAAUCUACAAGAAACUUGGUGCCAUGGUGUACGAACAAGGUCUAACUGUUGACUCGAUCGAAUCGUCCGUAGAACAGACUAGUGUAUUCGUAUCACAGGGUGCUGAAAAUCUGCGUAAAGCCAGCUCGUAUAAGAAUAAACUGCGUAAGAAGAAACUCAUUUUAGCUGGUAUACUUGGCGUAGUAUUAUUUAUUAUCAUUAUGAUUAUUGUAUUCGAAUUCAAAAAAUAAUUAUAAACAUACUUAUGUGUGUUGUAAUGAAAGGAAAAGUAUUUUUUUUGCUGGCAAUGUUUUUCUUUGCACUCUCCCAUAUGCUGCUACAAAGUUGUAAUUAAAGUCAGUGUCCAGCUGCAAUCGUGGAGUGUUGGUAUCGUCGUAAUGAUAAAUAAAGAAAACAUACAUACAUACAUAUAUACAAUUGUUUUGGUGAUAUUUGAAAGCAAAUACUUUCCAUGGAAGUCUAAAAAUAGAAACAAAAAACGUUGGCAAGAACUAAUUUAAAAUGUGAAAAAAAAAAUGCAGAAAAGACACAACCCUUAUCAGUUCGCCAUUUGUACAAACUACGUAAAUACUUAUAUGUUAAUAUGUGUAUGUUUUCCAGUUUUCACAUUGGUUGGAUAACUAAAUCUAUUGUAAAAAUAAAAAUAAAAAAAAAAUGGAAAAUUUUGAAGCGAGACAAAAAUUAAGGCAAACAAAUAAUAAAAAAAAUAUAUACAUUCUCAUUUGUAACAUAAUUUUGUGGCGGUAGUUAUUUACCAUAUAUAUUACAUCGUAUUAUUUAAUCAUAAUAUAUAUAUAUCUAUAAUUUUAUGCAAAAUAUAUUGUACGCAUAUUUAUUAUUAACUCGAUAUAUCAUAAUUAAGGCACAUAUAAUAUACAUAUGUAUGUACUGUAAACGAAAACGUAGUGUGUAAUUGUAUGAGGGAACAACGUUUUGCUAUAAAUGCUAAACGCUUUAAUUAUUGAUUCAUUGCACUGCAUUACAACACUCAUUUUUCUUAGACAAUUACAAUUUUUUUUUUUUUUUUAUUAAAUGCAUUUAAUCAAUUGGCUAAUUGUGUAUGUAUGUAUUUUGUUGCUUAUUUUGUUUCAUUCCUUUUUUGUUGUUACCUUAUAAUUAUAUUAACUAAAGCUUGCUAUUGUGAUGAAAGCAAAUGUACAAUUUCUUGUGGUUGGGGUAAACGCGAUAGAAAUAAAAUACAAUACAUACGAACCAACUAAUAGACAUGAUGACAUUAAUAAAAAUACACUUAUAUGAAAAAGUUUA